AUGUGGAAUCAGUUUACCGUACGCAAGGCUCGCUUGCCGAAGACGUCGGACAUCGAGGCUGACUGGGCAGGGACUGUAGGGAGGCCGGAGGAGCUCAAGCUGUUUCUGGGUCUCAAGAAUACGACCAAUCGCAAGACGGUGGGUUUCCUGCAGCGAUGCAUAGAUGAGAAGCUCGUGAUGGAGGGCAUCCUUCUCCGCGGACCGGCAGGAUCUGGCAAGAGCGCCCUUGUCAAGGUGUUUGUGUCCGAGUUUCUGGAACGAUUCACUUCCACCCCGCAAGCUUUCGCUCGCCUGUAUCGCACGCGGGUCCUCAACGUCAACCGACAGGAGCUAGCGGGUUCCCCUAAGAAGCUGGCGAGUCGUCUCCGACGGUUCUUCUCUGCUAAGAAGGACCGCCUCUCGGAAAUUGUCCCUCGUUUCAUCGUGGUCGACGGGAUGGAAAGAAUUCUGGAGCGAGAGAACGUAGGUUUCGAGCUGUUAGCGGUGAAGGUCAUCUUCCGGGCGUACUGGCCGGACCUCCAGCAGUGCAUCGCGGCGGCCAACAAGGUGUUCUGCGAGAGGGAGUUCUUGAGCGAGGAAAACGCUCUCAAGGCCAUCGCCCCUAAGACGCUGGCGGCGCGAGAGGAGAUGUCUCACCACGUGAAAGCGUCCGACUCCCUCGAGCCGCUCGGCGUGUGCCAGGCGUGCACCCUCCGCCCGCCUUGCCAACAUAUUUCUGAACAGGAGCUGGCGAGCCGGGGCAUGCGGAGAAGGAUGGAGCUUCCCCAACGACGGGGGCCACAGGAGUCGACACAGGAAGGGAAGGGGGGGAAGGGCGAUGGGGAGAAGGAUUUCGUGGACUGCCAGGAUUUCGUAAUGCGAGGGGCGUGUCGUUCCUUCAACGAGCGGGGGCGCUGCAGCAACCAUCACCCUCUGGAUGCGCACGUCGUAGAGGUUCCGAAGCCGAGGUGCCCCCAGUGCACGAUACGUCUCCCGUGCGGCCACUGCGAUUACGACCAGUCGAGAAGGAGCCUGCACACUUUCUGCGAAGCCGCAGGGGCUAGGAUACAGAAGCGCAUAGGUCGACUACACCGGCUACUGAAGACUGGCGGCGGUGGUGGGGAUAACAAACAGCAGCCAGGAUCGAUGACGAAGUCAACAGUCAAAGCGAGCGGCGACGCCGGAGGGCACGAGGGGGCGCAGGGCCGCACCAACAGAACCACCGACAACACCCGUGAUUCGCCCACCGUCGCUGCAAACAAGAACCCCAGCGCGACCAAGAGCGCCAAGCAGCAGCAAAGGUCUACUUUCGAAAGCCGUGCCAGCAAGGCCAACAGACGGGGCGUGGAGGCCGUGUUGUCGAAGCUUGGCGAGAUCGGCAGGGAUCUCGAGGCACAGCGAGCUUGGACCACAGACACCAGGACACCCGGUGGAGGCAUGCACGAGUUUCGGGCGUCGGUUUUCGACAAAAAGCUGGAAAGGUUGUUCCGGCGGUGCGAAGAGGCCAACGAGGAGGCGGACGCGGAGUCUGAGGCGUACUUGCUGCUGUUGGAAAACGUGCGGUAG